CACAUAAUCGUAUUUCACUUGACGCCGCCGUACCAUCAUCUCCACCAACUUCACAAAGCAACACUGAGCGACCACCUCCACCGAAACCCUAACACAUAGUGAUUCACUUCCAGUCGAGUUUUGGAAUUCUUCAUUCUCAAACGAUUACGACGCACCCUCUUAUUCUUCCCAUUCACUGAUGGUGGAAACGAUCGCAAACAAGAGGCAGCGGCUUCUCCCUGCACCGGUGACUCAUAUUCCGUUUGAUCUCGUGGUUGAAAUCCUGUGCAGACUCCCUGUCAAGUUCCUCCUACAAUUCCGCUGCGUCUGCAAGUCAUGGAAUUCUCUAAUCUCGAAGGAUCAGAAAUUCUUCAAGAAACACCUUCUCUUAUCAACCAAACGCAAACACCUCGUCACAAGCUCAUUGCACUCGUCAAGAAAAGAGUUAUCUGUAAUGUCUUACUCAAUUGACUCUAUUUUCACAUCUGAAACUGCCACACAACUCGAUUACUCUCCCAUUAAUACAGAUUGUAUGGAUCGACUCAUUGCUUCUUGCGACGGUCUCAUUUGUUUUGCAAUUGAUACUCAUCUUGCCGUUACUUGGAACCCUUCCAUUAGAAAAUUAAAGAAAUUACCCACUUUAGAACUACCUCCCAAAAAAUUUGGUUUCACUAGAUAUGCUUUUGGCUAUGAUCCUUUCAUUCAUAAUUACAAGGUUGUUUCUGUUUUUUGCUAUGAUUUUAAAUAUGAUGGAAUUGACACAAAAUAUGAUUGCAAAACUCAAGUGAAAGUUCACAUUUUGGGCACACAUUCAUGGAGAAGGAUUAAGGAUUUCCCCGCUUUGUUCCCUCAUUAUCGACCGGGAAUAAUCGUCAACGGCACAGUUAAUUGGUUCGCUUAUUCUAAUGUUGUGUCUCGAGGUAAUUUCUCGAGUGUCAUUGUUUCACUUGAUUUAGAAAAAGAGUGUUACCAAGAGAUUCAACAACCUAACUAUGGAAUUAUAGAUAAGUUGACCUUGGGUAUGAUGAGGGAUUGCCUGUGCGUAUUUGCUAAUUCUUACUCUUUUAUUGAUGUUUGGCUUAUGAAGGAAUAUGGAAAUAAAGAGUCUUGGGUUAAAUUUAUUCAUGUUCCUUACUUUGGUGGUUUCCGUAUUACCAAGAUAUUAUAUGUUUUUGAGGACGAUGGCCAUAUGCUGCUCGCCUUUAUGCAGAAUGGUAAACGGGGGAUGGCUGCUUACAAUUCCAAAAAUGAUACUAUAAAGAAAUUCAAGAUGCAAGACUGGAGUUCUGUAGAAUCCACUGUCUAUGUUGAAAGUUUGAUAUCUCCUUGAUUCUAAUACUUGGACUUGGAUGUAGAUGCUCUACUAUGUCAUUUGAGUAUGAGUCCGAGAUUCAAUCCCAACUUUUAUGUUAAUUUUUGUUUUUGUUAUUUAUUUUGUUUCAUUCAUGCUUUGAUUUCUGGGUGACUCCAUGGAUCAUGGUUAAGUAAUGGUUAAUGAAAUUUUCACGUUCAGAAA